GAUUGUUUUGAAUCUGCUGUCAAAACUUUAAUAAAAUUGUUGGUUAGCACAAUCUGUAGGGCGGUGUAAAAUAUCAAAAUAAGGAAUGAAAUAAUUUAGCAACAUACUAUUCGUGCCUAACGUUAAAUUCUUCUGAUAUUGGCUGAUAAAAUGGGUGAUAAUUCAGAGAUAAAAAAACUACAAAAUCAUCUAGCACUACUGAAAGAUGAGUAUUCGAAGCUCCAGAAGAAGUACAACGAAGUGGAAAUCAAAUAUAAUGCCAUGGCUGCCAGUAGUGGAAAUAGUACCGAAGAUACCUUUGCAUUCCGACUGUUGAACCAUGUCAGCCACUUGUAUGGUUCACCGUUAUACAGUGAUAUUAAAAUUAAACUUUAUGACAAGGACAUUAACGCUCAUAAAUUGGUAUUGAGCGCAAGGUCAGAUUUAUGGAACGAAUCUGUACUUUCCAACAAGGAGGAAUUAGAUUGGUCUGAUAUCGAUACUGAUGUCGGUACAGCCAUCGUUAAAUGGAUAUACACGAGCUGUCUUGAAGUCGAUAAUGUUGAAUUCACCCUGAAUGUCCUCAAGAAAGCUCAUGAAUUGAAAUUGAAUCAGUUGGUUGAAUCAUGCGAACAAUAUCUGAUAUCCAAUGUGAAUAUUAGGAACUGCGUAAAAUUAUACACAGUUGCAGAAAUGUUGAAUGCAGAGAGGUUACUGAAUUACUGCUCCGGUUUGUUAUCUACGCAUUGGAAUGACUUGAACGCCUCUGAUUUCGAAGAUAUGUCUGGUCCGUUACUGUAUAAAAUGUUGAAGAGUAAAACGACCUAUCCCUUGCAUGCUGCUAUCAAGUUAGAUCGGGAGGAUGUGGUGUUUUUGUGCUUGGUGGAGAAUUCAGCUAAGCUGAAGGAGGUGGUUAACGCUUGGAGUGACGAGGAGGAGUUACCACUCGAGCUGGCCCUCAGGUCAAAAAACGAGAGCUUGGCCAACAGCCUCAUACAACACAACAGCGACGUCAACAUCAGGGACAAAGAUGGCGAAGCUUUGCUACACAGGGCAAUCAGGAGGAAAGAUACACAUUCCAUCCUCUUCCUGUUGGACAACAAAGCUGAUACAACUCUAACCACUCCCAAGGGUAAAGAAACGCCCCUCCAUCUAUUAGCCAGUUCUGGAGGCUUAGAUCAGGCAGAUGUUAUAGCCGAGAAGAUGCUAAGGUCAGGAGUCAGCAUCAACGCCCAAAACUCGCAGGGACUAUCAGCCCUCCACAUCACCAUCCAGAGCGACAACAAGCAAUUGUUCAAGAUUCUCUUGGAACAGUCCGGAGUGAAUCUCAACCUGAAAACGCAAGACGAUCACUCCCCUCUCUAUUACGCGCUGUUGCGUUACGAGGAAGACCACGACCAGCCCCAGGACACCUACGCCAACCUCUUGGUCGAGAGGAACGUGGUGACGGAUUCUUCGUACCCAAAACGCAACAACGAGAGCCUGCUCCAGGUGGUAACAUCGAUGGGCCUUCAGGAAUCCUCCAUGUUCCUCACCGCGCACGUGGCCAACGUCGACCACGUUAACCAAGACGGGGGGUCGGCGUUGCAUACCGCAUGCGCCCGGAACUUGGGGGCGUUGACCAUGAGGCUGUUGGAGAGGGGGGCGAAUCCUAACCUGCAAACUUACGACGCCAGAGAGGCGCCUUUGCACUUGUGCGUUUCGAACAAGUCCCUGGAUUGCAUAGAGGCGUUCAUCAAGUUUAACGAGAACGUCAGGAAUGGGGUGUAUAAGGAUGAUGAAGUUGAGAAGUGUCUUGUGGAUUUCGACGUCAGGGACGCCGAAGGGGAUACUCCCAUCAUGGUGGCUGUGAACAAGGGUCACGGUUAUAACGAGGUGGUGCUCUUGUUGAUCAAGGGUAAGGCCGAUGUUAACAUCAGGAAUAACAAUGAUUUUACGCUGUUGCACCAGGCGAUAAUGAAGGAGGAUGUCAAGACGUCACUGUUCUUGUUGGAGAAUGGCGCUGAUGUCAAUGCAGAAACUCCAGAUUCCGAGUCCCCCCUUCAGUUGGCCAUCCACUGUCGAUUGGGCGAAGUCGUGGACGCCUUGUGUAGCAGAGGCGUCGACAUGUCAGCCAGAGACAAAUCGGGCAACUGCCCCUUGUGGGCCGCUCUGGAAACCGAACAGUUCGACAUAGCCAGUAUAUUGGUGAGACACGGGGUAGAUACUGAUUGCUGGAGUGAAGGGCCGGAUAAAUGCCAGCAGACCCUUCUGCAUCAGGCCAUUGACGAGAACAAAGAAGGCGCCGCCAUAUUCCUCAUCCAAGCUGGGUGUGAUAUAGACUGCCACAGGUUACCAGGUCCUAACGGAGAGGGUGGGGAGGAGGCCAGGGACAAGGCUUCGCCGUUACACUUGUGUUGCCAGUGGGGUUUAGACACAGUUGUAAGGACUCUAAUAGAGCAUCGAGCCAACGUGAACAACAGGGAUGCGGAGAACAAAACCCCCCUCCAUAUAGCCAUAGAAAACAAGCAAGACGACAUAAUCUCGUUAUUGCUGGCGGUACCUGAAAUCGAUCUGAGUCUGCGCGACAAAAACGGUUUGAGCCCCUUCGCGACCGCUUUGACCUUCAGGAAUAACAAGGCAGCUCAGGUUAUACUCGGUAAAAUGCCUAACGCAGCCGAACAGUUCGACAGUAAAGGACAGAACUUCCUACACGUGGCGAUCAAGAAGAAGGACAUCGAGAGCGUUCUGUUCCUGUUGACGGUCAACGUUGACGUUAAUUCUAGGGUGCAGGACGCCAUGUUGACCCCGCCCCUUCAUCUGGCUGCGCAACACGGGGAUGAGACCAUGGUGAGGAGUUUGAUACUGGCCGGUGCUAGGGUGGAUGACAGGAAUACACAGAAGAGAACAGCUCUUCACGUUGCAGCCGAAGAAGGAAAUGCGCCAGUUGUGUCCGCUCUGCUUCAGAAUAAUGCGGAUUGUGACGCUGUCGAUUGCGAGAGUGACAAUGCCCUACACAUAGCAGUGCGCUCGGGUAAUUUAGCUGUGGUUAAGGUGUUAUUAACCGAAUCGACCAUAGACGCUGGUGCCUUCAAUUUGAAAGGGAGGAAUCCCUUACAUGAACUUUGCAAGUAUGGUAAAGAAAAUGCAGCUGCAAUAUGUGAUUUCUUCCUUGAAUGUAUGCCGGAUUAUCAAGUUGACAAACCUGACAUAAAUGGAAAUUCUCCUUUGCUGCUUGCGUACAUGAAAGGAAACGCAAAUUUGUGCCGCAGUCUCGUGAAGGCAAACGUGUGUUUAGGCACCGAGAAUAACGAAAAGAUAUCGAUUUUCAAUUACCAGGUUCCCAGCAAGCAUCUAUUGAAUCGUUUGCUGGAUCAGUUGUCUCAGCCUCCCAAAUGGACUCACACAGAUUUAUGCCAAGAAUGUGGCAAGGGUUUCUCGAUAACAGCCAGAAAACAUCAUUGUAGACAUUGCGGUCGAGCUCUUUGUAGUAGAUGCUCCGAUCAAGAAGUUCCCAUCUUGAAAUUCGGGGAAAAUAAGCCUGUUAAAGUCUGCAAUAUUUGUUUUGAUGUGCUCAAAGGUGGAAUCAACUGAAGGUUGGCAAGAUACCCAGAAACAUACCAAAAAAGAGUUUGUUUUGGUUUAGAUUGAUCAUUUUGGGAUUAUUACUAUUGGAUUGAGAAUGGUGAUCUUCUAAACUUGUGAUAUAUCUACUUCUCUUAAAAAAAAUUCAGAUUUAUUCUUCGUUGCUUAAAACUUUGAUAUAUCUAAACUUUCUUCAUUCUUCGUGCAUGUAUGAUAUAGUAUGCAAGACUUUUGAUAUUAUGCUUGAUAAACAAAUAUUUUAUGUUGAUGUUCAAAUCAAGAUUUCCUUUAUAUUUCUAAUGAUAUUUUACAAGAAUUAAAUCUUUUUAAUAUACCAA